CUGACUGGAAGUGUGGAGAGUUUUUACAGCCGUGUUCCCUUUAAGAAGAUGGUGUCUUAUUCCGUCCGAAGCCGCGUCAACCUGAGUGACAAGCCUAUCACUGAGGGGUUCCGUGAGUGUGAACGGAGAUGUGAUGAAGACCCGUGUUGCCGUGGAAUCGGAUACGUCAGGGACACACAGUCACCUGGAUCAGACGUUCUCUGCCUGACUCUGAACAGCUUUGGUAUCCAGACGUGUGGUGAAGGAGAACGGACAACCUGGAGAGUCCAGGACUGCACCCCCUCCAAAGUAGAAACCGGAGUGUAUCCGCUUGGCUGGUACGAGAAACCAGUGAACCAGUGGACUAAAUCACCACGGUUGUGCCCCAGUUUCCAACUACGUGUUCCUUCAGAGAACGUGAGUUUGAGUGAGUGGAAACUCCUGGAUGCGUCCUCUACUCUGGUGGAUCCGUCCGUCUCCACGUUUGACAUUAUUCACAUCAGUAAAGACAUCGCUGAGGACCUGGACAGGACCAGAGACUGGUGUCUGUCUGCCUGUGAGGAGGCUGAGUCCUGUGUUGUGGUGUCAGUGGGGCGGACCGACUCGGCUGUCCGCUGUGUCCUCUACCCAGACACCCUGGCCUGUGGCCCCUCCACUACCACCACCGGAGGUCAGGACUGUCGGCUGGUCAUCAGAGAGUCAGCUCUCCAGGUCUACCUCCACAAAGAACCCAAGGCGACGUUGACGUCAGUGUUUAUCCCGGCUCACGGAACGCUCCAGGGAUCGUCCGUGACAACGCUGCUCGGGUCAGACAGGAAGACAGUCAGACAGUUCUUGGGAGUUCCGUACGCUCGUCCUCCUAUGAGAGCCCUCCGUUUCGUCCCCCCACAGCCUGCUGAAUGGAGUGGCACAUGGAACGCCACGGUUACCAGACCCAGUUGUCUGCAGCCUGGAGCUGUGGAGUCAUCAGCCAGCAGUGAGGACUGUCUGUACCUCAACAUCUUCGUCCCCAGCGGCAUCAGAGGGAGUGCAGCGGUCCUGGUGUUCUUCCAUAACCCGUCUGGAGCAGCCAGCGAUGACACAGCAUCUCUACUGGACGGCUCCAACCUGGCUGCCGUCGGCAACAUCGUCGUGGUUACCGUCAACACCAGGGUUGCAGCGUUCGGAUUCCUCAGCACAGGGACCACAGCCCUGCCAGGUAACGCCGGCUUCCAGGACCAGGUAGCCGCUCUGAAGUGGGUCCAGGAGAACAUUGAGGCGUUCGGAGGUGACCCCAGGCUGGUGACGGUGGGGGCAGAGAGGAGUGGAGCCGACGUGGCCAGCCUACAUCUGACCUCCCCUUCCUCGCGUGGUCUCUUCGACAGGAUGCUGCUCAUGGGUGGUUCUGUGUUCUCCCCUGCCUCAGUGCUGAGUGGAUCCAAAGCCCAGGGGCAGGCUGAGGCUCUGGCCCGGGAGCUGGGCUGUCCCCCCUCCUCUGACCCAGAACAGCUGGGCUCCUGCCUGAGAGCAGCUCCAGCACAGGACCUCAACGCUGCCCAGACCAAGUUGCUGUCAGUCAGUGGGCCCCUGCAGGCUUGGGGUCCAGUGGUGGAUGGGGUCUCUGUCCAGGGGAAACCCUCCAUGGCCCUGAUGAAUGCAGGCUUCCACAGAGCUGACCUCCUGCUGGGCUCCUCCGCAGAGGAUGGACUCAUCAGCAGGGCCAAGAGGAUCAAGAACUUUGAGGAGCUCCAGGGGCGAGCUGACAGUAAAACAGCAUUCUACGAAGCCCUGUCCAACUCUCUGGGUGGAGACGAUGCCAAUGCCUUUGUCAAGGCUGCAGCCACCUGGUUCUACUCCAUGCAGCACUCUCCCUCUCCAGCUGGCUACAACCUCUUCUCUCAGGCUCUUAACAGUGCAACCAGAGAUCUCUUCAUUGUGUGUCCCACCAUAAAGAUGGCCAACUUCUGGGCCGCUAACACCAGAUCCAAUGUGUUCAUGUACCACCUGCCUGAGGACACCGCCCAGACCAGUGCUGACCUGUCAGUACCCCUGGAUGUCCACUAUGCCUUUGGCCUCCCCACAGCCCCUGACUACGACCUGUUCACCAACACAGAGAGACGCCUCUCCCUACAGAUGAUGACCUACAUGGCCAACUUCAUCAAGUCCGGAAAUCCCAACCAGGCUCACAGUGUGUCCCGCGUGGCCUUCAGCGAGGCGGCGCUGCCCCUCUGGCAUGCCUUCCAGUCUCACCCUGAGGGGGACAGCUAUAUGGAGGUGGAGCCAGGCCUCAGCAACCACAGGGGCCUCCGCAGGGCCCAGUGCUCCUUCUGGGCCGACUAUGUCCCCUCUCUGACCGCCUCCACUGGCAAACUUUCAUCUGCUGUGUUGGAAGGGGAAUCUGCUGGUUUGGGGGCUGGAACUCCAACACCAGAAACCAAGUUAUUUGUUGAUUUCUUGACAACUGUCACCCAGAGCAAACCCAAGUCAGAGAAGGAUGCUUAUAAUUAGAAAGAACAUCCACACUACGUAUCGUCUAAUCUGCAUUUAGGGUUUAUCACUCACACAUAGUGAGAAAUUACAUGUUGUUUCAACUGCCAAAGUAGUCGCUAAAUUAAGUCGUGUCAUUUAACUGCCUGUUUAGUUUCCAUACAAAUGAAAUAAAACAAUAAAACAAUUGCAUUACAUAAUA